AAGCGGACCCUCCUGUCGGCGGCGGCCCUCGCAACCAACGCGUUCCAAAACGCGCCUUCGUUAAUUUCACCCAGACACCAACACUCGGCUUCGCAACCGAACUCGCGCUCACACCAUCCCCUUCCGCUUCCGCGUUCCGCAUUCCGCACGCGCACCCGUAUCUCACCAAGCACUCUCCCGCUCACCACCAUCCGCGUCCACAACCACAUCCACACGCGCACUACCUCAUCCAGCACGCUCCAGCUCACACCAUCCGCACUCGCACCGACCUCUGCAUCUCACCAGGCAAUACAAUCUGA